CUGUGAGGGGCGGGACAUGCGCGUCGGAUGGAUGGAGGAGGGAGGCGCACAACUCUAGACCUACACCCGCACGGAGAGGCUCUGCUCUCGGGAUGCGCGUAAUCGCUACAGAGACCCUCGAAUGAAAUGGAGAAAUAAAGCGCCAUGCAUCCAAAACAACUGCGGAUACUGAUGCUGUCGCCUUAUUCCCGACAUUAAGACCCGUAUCGCCGCGUAAUUAGCUGGAGGGAGGGGGAACUAAAAGGAAAGAGGGUCGAUCAUGGGGAACGAAGCGAGCCUGGAAGGCGGCGAAGCUGGAUUACCAGCGGGACUCGCACCUGAUGGGAAGGGUGGCUUCAUCCAGAUGCCCGCAGGGGUGGAGGCAGACCUCAGCAAUCUGUCUGAGGAAGAAAGAAAGCAGCUUGUGGCCGCUAUGGCCAGAGCGCAGUCCAGGCCACCAGAGACUCAAGCUGGGGGUACCAAAGUCCCAGUCGGUCUCAGUAAGAGUCGAACAGUAGAUGCUUUUGGAGAGGGGCCGCCUCCCAAGCCAAAGCCUGGACGCAGCCCCUCCUCCCUCAGCCUCCUUGAGUCACGUUUCCGGCAGGAGCCCAAAGACCCAGAACAACCAAGAACUGGCAUGUUCUCAUCUGGCUUCCUGAGUGGGGCCAACCCUUUGAGUGCGGUUUCUUCUGCUGUCUCCUCUGCCAGCAUCCCAAAGUUUAGUUUGUUUGGUGAUGAUGAAGAGGAGGAGUCUGCAAAGCAGGAAGGAAAGCCUCCUGGUCCACAGAGCGGAGUGGGAAAGGGUCCUCCUCAAGGGAGUAAGCCACCUCAGCAGGGUCCCCCUAAAGGGCAGGGACCUCUUCAGCAAGGGCCCAAACCUGGUGGACCAGGACCCCAUCAAGGACCCAAACCUGGUGGACCAGAAGCUCAACAUCAGGCACCUAAACCUGGAGCACCAGGACCUCAACAGGGACCUAAACCUGGUGGACCUGGACCUCAGCAACAAGGACCUAAACCUGGUGGACCGGGAAUUCAGCAGCAAGGACCUAAACCCAGUGGACCUGGGCCUCAGCAGCAAGGACCUAGACCUGGUGGACCUGGACCUCAGCAGCAAGGACCUAAACCUGGUGGACCUGGACCUCAGCAGCAAGGAUCUAAACCUGGUGGACCUGGACCUCAACAGCAAGGACCCAAACCUGGAGGACCAGGGCCCCAGCAACAAGGGCCUGGAAAACCUGGCCCAGGGGUUGCAGGAAAACCUAGUGGACCUCAACAGCAGGGUAAACCUGGGCCAGGUGCUCUAUCAGAAGGGCCUGGUAAAGCUGCACCAGCUCCAGGAAAAGCAAUGUGUCCUCUUUGUAAGUCUACAGAGCUGAAUGUGCAGGCCAAAGACCAGCCACCCAACUACAACACCUGUACUCAGUGCAAACAGCAGGUGUGCAGCCUGUGUGGCUUCAGUCCACCAGAUUCAGCGAGUAAGGAAUGGCUGUGUCUGAACUGUCAGAUGCAGCGGGCGAUGGGUGGCAUGGAGCCUCCUGGACCUCCAAUGAUGAAGCAGCCACCCAAGCAGGGCUCAGCACCUCCCUCCCCACAAAGGAAAGAACCACCGCCUGGAUCUCCCUCCAAGGUUGAGCCUGGUAAAAAGCCCCCAAUGCUGACCAAACAACAGAGUAUUGCUGAUACAGGCAAGGGAAGUACACCUCCAACAACACCAAAAUCUGGACCACAGCAGGGACCUCAGCCUGGACAACUAGGGGCAAAACGUGGACAGCCUCCACCACUUCAGAAACCUUCACAGAGCCCAAAAGGUAGUCCCCAACCAUCUCCAGCCAAAACAACCCCGAAGCAGGACGGAGGGGGCUUUUUUGGAGGAUUUGGUCUUGGAGGUUUGACAGAGGUAACAAAACCCUCUCCAGCUGCCCAAGCUACAGAGUCCGUCACAGGAAAACUCUUCAGUGGUUUUGGUGGGGGGUCCAAACCUCAGGGUGGCUCUGCAGCUCCAGCAAGUGAGUCCGUCACAGGAAAACUUUUCAGUGGCUUCAGUGGCCUCACAGAGACGACAAAACCUUCACCAGCACCAUCUCAGUCCACUGAGAGCGUUUCUGGAAAGAUGUUUGGUUUUGGAUCAUCCUUCCUGAGCUCUGCCACCAAUCUCAUCUCUGGGGAGGAAUCAAAGUCUCCCCCUGAUUCUCCCGCAGGAUCACCCCCUGAUUCCCCCAUUGGGUCAGAUGCAGACUCCCCUGCUGGAUCCCCCCCAGACUCUGGCUCAGAGUCACCUCCGGACACACCGCCAGCUUAUUCCAAAGACCCAGCAUCCCCGAAACCAACACCUGCUGAGAAAAAAGCAUCAGCAGACACAUCCCCCCCAAAAUCGACAGACGUAAAGGAGGCUAAAGUUUCAGGCUCUGAGGCCCAAUCCUGCUGUCCUCUCUGUAAAGUAAAACUGAAUAUUGGCUCAGGAGAGGUGAUCAACUACAGCACAUGUACGGAGUGCCAGAAGACUGUGUGCAACCUGUGUGGAUUCAACCCCACUCCUCAUCUCUCAGAGAAAGAAUGGCUCUGCCUAAACUGCCAGACCCAAAGGGCUCUUUCCGGGCAACUUGGGGAUAUGCCACCUCCACCUUCUCCAUCCAAGCUACCUGCCAAACACGAACCCACCCCUCCCUCCUCCCCAGCCUGUGCUACAUCAUCCACCCCUUCCUCUCCUGCACCCACUGCCAUCCCUGCCAAAGGGCUUACACGGAUGCCCAGCAUAACUCAGGCCCCAGCUGACAAGUCUGAGCCAGUCUCAGCCAAAACCGAUGCUAAAGAGGUCAAAAAUACAGAUGCAGAACAAGGGGUUACAGCAGAGCCUGUACCGAGGAGUACACAGGUAGUACCAGAGGAGAGCAAAGAACAAGCACUUGGCACCUUGACAGAAAACACUGAAGGCGUAACAUCUCUACCUGAGCAUACAGUUAAUGAAGAUGCCCCCCCUUUACAUAGCGAUUCAGACAAGAGAGCAGAUGUUAAAGGGCCAGAUGUAGAACAGGCUGAAGCUCUACAACAAUCUGAAGCUCCUGCAGAGGUACAGAAGGCAGAGAAAAGUGAGCCAGAACAAUGCCAAGUUCAAGAGCCAGAAUGCACUAACACAGUUGAAUUGGAGCCUGGAAGCGGUCAGGAAGCACCUAUAUUUGAUAAUACUCAGACCCUACUGAAUAAAGAAGCUGCCGCCCCAGUAAAAGAGAAUGAGCUACUGAAGGAGCCCAGCGAGAAAGAUAAAGAAAGCAGCCCCACAAGUCCUUCAGACCUGGCCAAGCUUGAAAGCACUGUCCUUCCAAUACUAGAGGCACAGAAAUCACCUAAAGACGAAUCAAAAUCUGAAACUCCAAAGGUCAAAAGGCGACUGGAGGUUUUGCCAAUGUCACCUGAACCCAGUUCAGAAGAUGAUCUACAUGGAGAAACUAAAGAGCAAACAAAUAAUGCUCCAAAAAAGGAGCGUAAAAAACUUCUUAUUCCAACUGAUAUCCAAGGAGAUUCUUUUGAGGACAGUAGUGAAGGAGAACGUUCACCUGAACAAAGAGAAAAGACUAUUGGAGAUAAAGGAGGAGAAAUUGAGAGUCCUAUGGAUGAAGAGGAUUUCAUAAGGAAGCAGAUCAUCGAGAUGAGUGCAGAUGAGGAUGCGUCACCCUCUGAUGAGGAAAAUCUUGUCAGACGGAAAAUCAAAGAUCAAGAAAAAAAACAAAUGGAUAAAAACGCAAGGAAAGAUGACAAAGAGAAAAGUGAAUCAGGCAAGACAAGACGUCUUCUCAAAAGCACGAGUAUCAGUCCAGAAGAUGAACCUGAGCGGAAAAGUAUUAUCUCUGUAACUAAGAUUGAAGAAUUAGGUAAAGGAGAGCAGCCUUCAGCAGACAGUGGAGCUGGCAUACGACAUUUCAAAACAAUUGAGCUUAACAGUACAGCAACUGUACGCCAGACAUCAGAUGACGGUGAGCCAGAGAGCCUUACAGACUCUCCUGAUGACAGAUCAAGAGGCGAAGGCUCUUCCAGUUUGCAUGCAUCCAGUUUUACCCCUGGAACGUCUCCAACAUCUUUGUCUUCUCUUGAUGAAGACAGUGACAGCAGCAGCCCAAGUCAUGUUCGAUCCAGUGGUGAGGGCAAACAGCAGAGGAAAGCAAAACACCGGCAGCCAGGUCAGAUGCUUCCUACCAUUGAGGAUUCAUCAGAGGAAGAGGAGUUGCGAGAAGAAGAGGAGCUUCUGAGAGAACAGGAGAAGCAAAAGGGCUCAGGAAAAAAGUCAAAGAAAGACAAAGAAGAGAUAAGGGCACAGAGAAGGAGAGAAAGGCCUAAAACUCCUCCAAGUAAUCUCUCACCAAUUGAGGAUGCAUCUCCCACAGAAGAACUAAGACAGGAAGCAGAAAUGGAGGAAAUCCGCAGGUCUUCCUGCUCAGACCUCUCCCCAAGCAUGGAUUCAGAACCAGAGAGUUUUGAGAUACUCCCCGAGAAAAUUGUUGCUGUCCAAAAAGUUUAUCAGCUACCAACAUCAGUCUCGCUGUAUUCUCCCACAGAUGAGCAACAUGCUGAUAAUCAGUCCAAAGAAAAGGGAAAGCAAUCAUUAAAAACGGCAGAAGAGGCAUAUGAAGAGAUUAUGCUUAAAGCCAAAUCUCCUACUAAUGAGGGAAAGGAAUCUCCACCUGGUAAAGUAUCUCUGUAUGGGGGCAUGCUAAUAGAAGAUUAUGCCUAUGAGUCUCUUGUUGAUGAUGCAUCCUGUGAGCAGGAGCCAGAAAAGCUUAAUGUGUCAGAGAAACCAAAAAAACCUCUAAGAUCUCCUGAUGAGGUUUAUGAGGACAUGAUGCAAAGAAAAGAGAUUAUGAUUAAGAAACAUGAGCUAAAGCAUGAUAAGCCAAUGGAAGAUGUACCUAAACCUGAAACCGAGUUGGUCAAUACUGUUUCAAGCAAAGAGACUGUUUCAUCAAGCAUAACAGGCCAGUCUGGGAAGGAUGGAAGGCCUUUAUUAGAUGCAGAGGCAGCCUAUGAAGAACUUAUGAAAAAGAAAAAAGCUGUGCUGACUCCAGGAACAAGCCCAACUCAAGCAGGCCCUGAUCUCAGUGGCAUGGCACAAGGGACAACAGGAGUUCAAGUUGAGAAAACAGAUGCAACACCUGUACGGCGAAUACUGCCCAUACCUGAUCUGAGAGUGACACAGUGCUCAUCUGGUGAAGAGGAAUCCGGUGAAGAAAACUUUGCAGAUCAAACACAGGAUUCUGAGAAACCUACAGUGUCAACUACAAAGACUGCAUCAGAAUCAGCUGUGGAUGAGGCUGCCCAGAAAACAUCAGCCUCAGAGCCAGUUGCAGAUGAUUUGUCAUUACAAAGAGAAGUAAUAUCAACUGUAAUAUCAAGUGACUCAAAAGAUGCCACAGAAAAAGAUGUAGGAAAUGAGCAGGCAGGUGUUGUUGACUUGUCCAAGUCAUCAACCCCUAGUCAAAUUGACACUUUUUCAGCAUCAGCCCCUAGUGAAAUUUCAGGACAAUCUGCCCCUGUAGUUGUAAGUGUAUCACCAUUGUCCACCGUACCACAAUAUAUAGUAUCUUCUGUACCUUGUGUUGUAUCAACUGCUCCACCGGUUCCCCCCAAACCUGUAGUACUACGCAGAGCUGCAUCUCUGGAAAAAGCAGAAAUUCCAGUUCCUCCACCCCUUCCUCCCCCAACACUUCCUAAACCAUCUGUGUAUCCCAAAAAGACUCCACCACAAGUUCCCCCAAGAACUACUCCAGUUGGUAUGCCAACCACAGGAGACAGUGUACCAAUAAAACAGCCUCUAGGUCAAGGCUACAAGCCCCAUGUUCCCCCUCCUGUACCACCAAAGCCGUCCUCUAUCCCUGCAGGCCUAAACUUCAGUCACAAGCAAGGGGAAAGUUUUAAACCUCCCAUAGCUCCCAAGCCCAUGGCCGGUGCUCAGCCAUCCUUAACAGCCCACACUCCCACAAGACCUACAAUACUUACUACAAGCAGUGCAGACAACGUCCUUAACUUGAGUCCUUCUGCUGAGAGUAGGACAGGAACCACAUCUCCCCUUAAGUCUCCUACAUCACCCAGGUUUGGCAAAGUUUUGCGUGACACAUAUGUUGUUAUUACUUUGCCAUCUCAGCCCAGUUCACCUACAGAAGGUAUCACAACCCAAGCAUCAAUAAGUCCUAGCCAAGAAUCACAUCAAAAACUGCCUCCUUCACCACCUCAACCAACUCAGCAGUCACAAACAACUAGAGUACCACUGGCAUUCACACGGAUAACUGAAUCUAUUGAAAGUCAAGAAAUUUGUGGUCCAGAGAAAGUAGUUUCUAGCAUGAGUCAUGUCUAUGAGGCUAUUUCAGCCUCAACACAGCCUCAAACGGUUAUUCCAAAUGUUGGUGUUCAGGUAGUUACCACCGAAGUCCAAAGAACCACAGUCUCUGUUGUUCAUGAAAGAACACCACCUCCACAUCCCAUGCCAAGAGCCACUGGCAUUUCUGUUGUUCAAGAAACUACUAAACCUGAAGCAGUUCAAAUACAGAAUGGUCAUGCCUAUCAUCCUGGUGAAGUAGUGGAUCUCCGAACCCCAAAAAUAGAUGCAGUGACAUCCAUGAAAGGUAUAGAUCUGUCUUCCUCUGAAUCAAGGCGACAGUCUCUUGCUGUUGAUAGUGGUGGACGUCAACAAAGUGCUGUGCAGUCAUCAGUAGUGAACCUAAGUACUGACACUUCUUCAGUUUCAGUGGUUACCGACAACAUUACAAUCCUCACGUGCACAGCCACUGUAGCUUAUGGUAGUGAUGCAUCUCUGGCUACAUCAGUGCCUCUCCAACUUACAACAGCGAAAUCGUUUGAGCCUGUGUCUCAAAUUAUUUACAGACCUGUGGAUUGUCAACCAGAGAAACCCAUAAAUCUCUCUACAACCAUGGGUAAAACUCACUCUCUUCCUGUAACAAUAGCUCCUACAAUGGCAAACAAUGGCAUUAGUGCAGCUUUACCUCCUAACCUAGAAACAGGCUUAUCAGGUGCAGUUGACCUUACCACAGUGAAACCUGCACAGACCAUGGUUGCAAUGAAUGGGUCCACUGCAGCAGUGGUCACUGCUGUAAUUGCAGAGGAUGAUGGAAAACCUGUUGAUCUUACAGGUGGAAGAAGAGCAGUUUGCUGUGAUGUAGUCUAUAAGCUUCCUUUUGCAAGCAGCUGUGCUACUCAGCAGCCCUCAGCUCCGUUACCAGAGGAUCGCUUUGGCUACAGAGAUGAUCAUUAUCAAUAUGAUCGUUCUCCUUAUGGUAUGAGAGGUCUCGGUGGCAUUAAACCCUCAAUGUCUGACACAAAUUUGGCAGAGGCUGGUCUUUUUCUAUAUAAAAGUAAGCAUAGCUAUGAUUACAAGGAUGCCACUGAAGGUGCUGUAGACCUGACAUCUGGAAAAAUGUCUGUCGGAGGUGAGGCUGUGGACUAUUCAAGCAAAACUACCGGAGUAUGCACUGGAAUGACAGUUCCACAGUAUACACAAGCCAGAAUUACUUCAGCAGUUGGAACUAACUAUGGGGUGUCUAGUGUCCUGAGAUCUUCCAAUGGUAUUGUUUAUUCUUCUGUAGCAGCACCAGUACCUUCUACCUAUGCUAUAACUACCCAGCCUGGAUCUAUUUUCAGCACAUCCUAUAAUACUCUAUCAGGCAUGCAUACAAGUGACACUAUGCCUUCAUUGUCAAAUCUGCAAAAUCAACCUCUCACUAGAUCCCAUAGUUUUCUUUCAACUAUUGCUUUAACCACAGCAGAAGGGCAAAUUGACCUACCCUUAAAUCUGGAGACUAGUGCUUCAAGGGCUGGCCUGUCCUCAACUCUCUCUGGUGAGGUUUCUACAGUCACCACAGUGACAGGACUAGAUACAUACACAAAUGCUUCACUUGAUGCAAUUGCAGCAUCUUUAGAAGCUCUGUCUUCACCCAUGGUUCCAGGAGAUGGACAGUACCAAAUGGAGCGUGAGUUUCUUGAGCUUGAGAAAAUAAAGCAGCAGCGCUUAGCUGAAGAACUUGAGUGGGAGAGGCAGGAGAUACAGCGUUUCCGUGAGCAGGAGCAACUUCUUGUGCAGAAGGAGCUGGAAGAACUUCAGGCCAUGAAACAGCAAAUAUUGUGUCAGCAAGAAGAAGAGAGACAAGCCCACUUAAUGAUGCAAAAGGAAACUUAUGCUCAGCAACAGGAACAGUUAGAGCAGAUCCAAAGACUCCAGGAACAGCUGAGGCAACAGUUGGAGGAACAGAAGUUCAGGCAAAUGUAUCCAGGUGAAGUCUUGCCAGAGGCUCUUGUUGUUACAGGAGAAAGAAAGAUGGACAGUGGCUGCCAGACUGAUGAAGAGGAUAAUACCGAAAAGGCCUACACUGCAGGUAGAAAGAAGAAAACCACAAAGAAAAGUGUUGAUAGCUGUGUACAGACAGAUGAUGAAGACCAGGAUGAGUGGGAAGUUCCUGCUCGAGGCAGGCGCAGUAGACCACGUGGUGGUAAAAAUGGCAUGGCUGAGAGAGGCGCUGUUUCAGUUCAAGCCCUAACUGAGAUAUCUGUACAAACAGACUCUGGAACACUAAGGGGGCACUCUGUGCAGGUAGAUGCCAGAGUAGAUUAUCCUGACUCUGACAGAACAUCAUCUCCAAAGAGACGCCCCUUUCCACUUGAUAUUGGCCAAUCCCCUCUCCUCAAAGCAGAUGCAUCCACUCUUCAGGUUGCUCCAGGUCCCCCAAAAUCCCCAAAAGUACUGUACUCUCCAAUUUCCCCUUGUGUAUCCCCUAGUAAAUCCCUUGAGUAUUUGUCCUAUGAGAAACCCCUUGGUGAAACAAGCCCACAGAGAAUACGUUCUGUCACAGAUUUAUCCAAAGGUCCACCAACAAGUCCUAGGGCUCCCAAGGUCAUACAGAGGUCAAUGUCUGACCCCAAACCCAUGAGUCCAACUGCAGAAGAGAGGGCAGCAGCAAAUUUCCAGUAUUCUGAGAGUUACUCUGCAAAGGGAUCUCCAAGUGGAACUCCAUCUGGCACCCAAAAGAAAGUUAAGAGAACCCUCCCUAACCCACCUUCAGAGGAAGAAGCAGCAAAUGCUGGUCAAGCAGCCUACAGCACUGGUUCAGCUCGUCGCCGUCUUUGCCGGAGCACUAACAUGGCACGAGCAAAAAUCCUACAGGACAUAGACCGUGAGCUAGAUCUGGUUGAAAGGGAGUCUUCCAAACUGCGUAAAAAGCAAGCUGAACUGGAUGAGGAAGAAAAGGAGAUUGAUGCCAAGCUGCGAUACCUGGAGAUGGGCAUUAACCGACGAAAGGAUGCAUUGCUCAAAGAAAGGGAGAAAAGGGAAAGGGCCUAUCUGCAGAGUGUUGCAGAAGACCGUGACUACAUGUCUGACAGUGAGGUGAGUAACAUUCGUGAGACUAGAGGUGGAGAGGAUAUCGGUGGACAUGGGCUUGAGAGACCACGAACUGCACCCCAGUCAGAACUUGAUGAGUUUGUUCCUCCACAGACCAAGCAUGACCAGUAUGGAAAAUAUUCCCAGUACCAGUACUCUCAGUACCAGCAGUCCCUGUACCAGCCUCAGUCACCAUACCAAUCCCAGUCUAUCUACUCUUCUGUUCCGUCUCUGACUGCCUCACAACAACAGAGCUACCACCAAAUGCUCUUGCUCCAGCAGAAAGCCAGACAACAAGCUGCUCUCCUCUCUGAAUUAGAUUCUACAAAAAUUGCAUCCAGCUAUGACACCUCAUCUUACUUGGGAGGAAAAUACAGCAACCACCUUGACUUGCAUAGCUUAGAAGACCGUGCUGGCAGCAUGGCAGUCAGUCCAAUGUCCAAUGUAUCUGCUGACUCCUUCUAUUCAGACUUAGAUCAACAUCAAACACCAAGAAGCUACAUGCUUUUAGAAGAUGCAGCAGAACUUGCCAAAAGCACUGGUAGCCUUUCAUCCACCAGCUAUGGCAUUGCUGAAAGGGAACUGGCCAAAGCAGAGCGUCUUCUGAGACAUGCUGCUGCAGAUGUCAGUUCAGACUACCUGGGCAGCUCUUCCAGGCUCCAUUCCUAUGGUAAGGCCCAAGAUGAAGAGGACCCAAUGGAAGAGCCAUUUGAACUGAAGCUUUUAAAACAGCAACUGAAACAGGAGUUCAGGAGAAGCACAGGGGGCACUGAAAGCUUAGAGCAGCUUGCUGGACUUUCACAUCACUAUACCCCCAGCACUGGGGUGUCUAGUGGAGGCUACAGGGCCUAUCCUAAAACCGAGAAGUAUAGUAUUAGUAGACUGACCUUAGAGAAGCAGGCUGCCAAGCAACUCCCAACAUCUAUGCUUUACCAGAAACACAAAAACACCAGCAACAUUGGCAAGUACUCCUCAAUGCAGGAUAGCAGGGGUCUAGAAACAGACUAUAGUAGUUAUCUUGGGUCCAGUAGCUCUUCUCCCAGGUCAAGCAGACUUAUGCAGGAUGAGAUCACCUUUGGGUUACGGAAAAAUAUUGCCGAACAACAGAAAUACCUGGGUUCCACACUUGGGGCCAAUUUGGCAGGUUCACUCAAUCUGGGUCAAAGCCUGAAUCUGAGCCCAGGAAUGAGGUCAUCUUUAGGAGAAGACUCUUCUUAUCCUAGUGGAAGCAGGUCUCGUCCUUCUUCUAGACCCUCAUCCGUAUAUGGGCUUGACUUGUCCAUUAAACGAGACCUCUCAAGUUCCUCUCUAAGGCUCAAAGCAGAAGGUGAAGCCUCUUCUGAGACCUCAGCAUUCCAGACUCCCUCGGGCAGGUCAAAACCUACAAGCCUCCCUAUUGUACAAAGUGGGCGUGGACGUAUUCCUAUCGUGGCACAGAAUUCAGAGGAAGAGAGCCCACUGAGUCCAGUUGGUCAGCCAAUGGGUAUGGCACGGGCAUCUGCAGGUCCACUCCCACCCAUAUCUGCAGACUCUCGUGAUCAGUUUGGAUCAUGCAUGUCUCUACAAGAAUCUCAACAGCAACAUCUCAGAGAAGAUCCUUCAAGAGGACGUGGCUAUGUGCUAAUGGAUGAUCUGCAGGGCACCAUGUCUGAUAGUGAAGCACUAAGUGAAUCCCUGGUGGGUUUGAGCAGAGACGAUCCAGGAAACUCACAUGAGAAUGUCACAAACGCGUACCACCUGCGUCGAGAAGAAACCGACUGGUUUGAUAAACCGAGAGACGGACGCGCUGAAAACGGACAAGGGAUUGACAGAAGACAGGGAAAGUUUCACUACCCGUUUCCUCAUGCAAGAAUAAAACUACUGAGGGAUCCCAAAGAUCGUAGUGUAUCAGGAAAUGGACUGGGAAUUAGAGUGGUUGGAGGGAAAGAGGUCCCGGGAAGCAAUGGAGACAUCGGUGCAUAUGUGGCCAAAGUAUUACCUGGAGGAGCAGCAGAACAGACGGGGAAGAUUGUGGAAGGAAUGCAAGUCCUGGAGUGGAACAACAUUUCCUUGAGUGGUAAGACGUACGAGGAGGUGCAAGGGCUGGUUGGUCACCAGGUUGGAGAGGCCGAAUUAUGUAUCAGACUUGACAUAAAUAUGCUGUCUGAUUCUGAUAGCUCCCAUCUAGACCUGCAUGACCAGGUCAAAGGGGACAGACCUCCACGGUCACCAGGUGUGGACCCCAAGCAGCUGGCUGCCGAGCUGCAGAAAGUGUCCCAGCAGCAGGUGCCGUCCUCCUCUGCGUCAGCACUGGAUAAACCCUCAGCGUCUGCAGGCUCCAGUGCAGUUCCCAGUCCUGGCCAGCCUGGUUCACCGUCUGUCAGCAAGAAACGCCACAGCAAGAACUCUGAGGGUACAAAAACUCAGUCCCACCCAGUUUCAGGAGAAAUCCAGCUUCAAAUAAAUUAUGACAAACAGCUGGGAAAUCUCAUCGUCCAUGUUCUCCAAGCACGGAAUCUGGCGCCUCGGGACAAUAAUGGCUACUCUGAUCCAUUCGUUAAAGUUUACUUGCUGCCAGGUAGAGGUCAGGUCAUGGUUGUGCAGAAUGCCAGUGCUGAAAACAAAAGAAGGUCCAAGCAUGUUCAGAAGACCCUGAACCCGGAGUGGAACCAGACUGUCAUCUACAAAAACAUCCACCUUGAACAGUUGAGAAAGAAGACACUGGAGGUCAGCGUGUGGGACUACGACAAGAGCUCUGCCAAUGACUUCUUGGGAGAGGUUUUAAUUGACCUGUCCAACACGGCCCAAUUGGACAACGUCCCACGCUGGCUUCCUCUAAAGGAGCAGAGUGAAGGCGAGCAUCACCGGCGCUCUCACUCGGGACAGGGACGUCAGCAUUCACCCAAACCCCCUGGAGGACACGGGAGCCAGCACUCCCCAAAGACCUCUGGACACAGCAAGGAGGACUCGCCCAAAUCCUCAGUCAUUAAGAGCCGUAGUCACGGAAUCUUCCCUGACCCUGCUAAGGACACGCAGGUGCCCACUAUUGAGAAAUCUCACAGUAGCCCCAGCUCUUCGAAGCCAUCCCUCUCCGAGGGUCAAGCCCGUCCCCAUGGAGGCCCCCGUGCUCAUGGCAAAAGUGGCACGACCCGGGCACACCUUGAUGAUGCUGCAGCAAUGGCUGAAGCUGCCGGCCAACAGCCCCGUCUCCAACCAAGUAAACGACGCAAAUAAACCCUCCACAGCAUGGCUGCCUUCGCACUCAUCUGUUCCUCCUUCUGUUCUUUUUCACUGCCUUAGUUUGGUUUUUUCCUUUCCCCGUGAUUGU